ACUCCCGAGAAACAUGGCCCAAUAAGGCGUAAACUUUGGGAGCCCUUAUUAACCCCAACAACAACAACAAAGUCAUUUAGGAGACCACAAGGUGGUUGGGAGUGUCGAGUCGCAGCUCCUGUCCUACGGCGGUCAGAGUUUUCAAAUCACCGACGACAGUUCUAAAACCAGUGUGCAACUGAAUAAUGGGGAAGAAUAAAUUACAAACAAGAAAUCCUGGCAAAUCUGGUAAUCCUAUUUAUAAAAAAGCAGGUACUGGAAUUCCUCAAAAGGCCAAAACCAAAGUCAAGCCAAUCAAGACCAACCUUAAGCAACUGAAAAUUGUGAACAGGGAGGCCAUAGCAUCAAUAGACAAUAAACUUGGUUCCUUCUAUGAAGCCAUGCAAACAAAAACCAAAGAAAAAGAGGAGUCUGUCAAAAUGAGUGAACCUACUGAAGAACAAGAAAAAGAUAAGCCUGUCAAAAUAGGUGAAGCUACUGAAGAACAAAAAGAGGAACCUGUCAAAAUGGAUGAAUCUUCUGAAGAAUUGCCUAAAUUUUGAUAUUCUUAUAUAGUAUAUAUAUUAAUAAUAAAAUGUUUCUCUAUUA